UUCAAUUUUCUGGGGAAUUCUGUGCUUCUUGGAGCUUUAAAAAGAUCGAAAAUCAUGGCCAGAUGACUUCCAUGUUAGGAAGUGAAGUUUGUAUUGAGUUGUAUUCAAAAUUGUGGUUAAUAUCUGUCAUGAGUUUGUUUUCUGCACCUUACUCUAUGAAUUCUACCAGUUCAUCCAGUUGGCAUUAUUAGCAUUCUUCUCAUGAUAUGUACACAUAAGCUCUUUUGUCUCAUUUACACGGUAAGAAACUUCUUUUUGGAUGCUGUUAAUCCUGAUUAAGGAAUUUUUUGUAUGCACUUUAAAUUCUUGUAUUCUAUUUUCCAUGAAAAGUUUAGGUGGUUGUGGAAACCUGCAAGAAUUUACCUUGCUUUUGUAGGUUCCUAGAUAUGAGCAAGGUAACUUUUUGGGCCCUACUAUAUUGUGUGAUGCUGCAACCGACAUGGAGUGCUACAAGGAGGAAAUGUUUGGGCCAGUUCUUCUUUGUAUGCAGGCUGACAGAUUAGAAGAAGCCAUUGCCAUUGUGAAUAGAAACAGGCAUGUGAAUGGAGCUUCCAUCUUUACUACAUCUGGGGUCGCAGCUAGGAAGUUCCAGAAUGAUGUUGAGUCUGGGCUGGUUGGAAUAAACGUGGCUGUCCCAAUUCCUUUGCCAUUUUCGUCGGUCAAUGGUUCAAAAGCAUCUUUUUCCGGUGAUCUCAAUUUCUGUGGAAAGGCCGGAGUGCAGUUUUACACACAGAUAAAAACAGUAGCACAGCAAUGGAAGGACUUGCCAACCAGAAGGGUAUCAUUACCUCAUCCUCCAACAUCUGAGACAGAAAUCAGUUCUCGAGGGACAUUCUUAUCACAGCCACUUUCAUCUGAGAGUGAUUUACCUAGCAGAGAAGUGUCACCAGCUAUGCCUCUAGCUUUGGAGAAUGAUCUGCCGACUGAAAACUUAUACCUGCCAUUGCCCCCAAGUGAAGGGGAUGUAUCAAACGUGGAAGUAUUGCCUUCUACUCCACCAACGAGAGAGCCGGAAUUACCCAAGCAAGAAGGGGCAUUGGCCAUGUCUUCGAUAUCUGAAAGGGAUUCAGUUAACCUGAAAGUAUCAUUGCUGAUGCCUCUAGCGGCUGAGAUUGAUGCUGCUGGGCAAAGUGAAUCAUCGUCCUUGUGUUCGGUAUCUGAGCGGACAUAUCCAUGUCAAACCUCUCAAUGGGGUGAUCCACUUCCCCUGAUAUCACAAAGCACUGAAACUGCUCCAUCAACUGCUAAGAAGGUUUAUAUGGCUCCAAAUUCUCAGAGGAUUGACACAUUAACUCCUGGAAUCCAAAGGACAGAUACUGUGGACGCUUCAGAUUCUGAGAGAUUGUACUUUCCUGUGACUUGUAGUAGUGAGAUAAACCCAAUAUUUCUUAGGAAUGACAGUGUUAGUCCAAUGUCUCUCAGGCAUGAUAUUCAGAUGACAGACAUAAAUGUGCGUCCUGCUUCUGAGAUGGUUUAUAUGCCAGUAAUGUCUGAGCACAAAGAAAGUGUUGGUCCAACCUCACAAAGGACUGGUGUACUCCAUUUGAAACCAGACAAGAUGUACAUGGCGUCUCAUAGGAGAGAUGGUAUGGGUAUGAUGCCUCUAAUGGCCAAGGCAUCAGUUCCUCCAGCUUCUGGGAGUUUGUACAUGUCUACAUCUUGCUCAAAUGUGAUGGCUUCAACGUCUGACAAGAUGAGUGUACCUACAGAGAUUCAGCAUGACGGUAUAUCAUCAAAAUCUGAGAGGUUAUUCAUGCCUGCAAGUUCUCAGGGCAUAUAUGCCGAAAACCAAAUAAUGUCAGCACAUAAUUAUCGUGGCCAAAUAACACCACAAACUCAUCCUUCCUCUCAGUCAUUAUAGGAUGCAACUUUUCCUUAUAAUUCUAAUGCAUAUGGAUACAACUUUUCUCUAGAAUGGUUAUAGAUUUAGCUUUUUCUCGCUUACAUUUUGAUUUCAAGACAUUGACCCUCAAGAGUAAUAACUUUGUACUCCUGCUCGUCAGUUCAAUAAAUGCCAGAAAUCUGUACUGCUGUGCAUACUCUA